UCCAGGAACAUAGCACUUUACUCCUCCCUCAGAAUGAAUGGAGACCAGAAAUUGGACGCUUAUGCCCAAGCAAAGCAGGAUUUCAUCCAGCAUUUCUCCCAGAUUGUCAAGGUGCUAAUCGAGGAUGGCGUUGGCCACCCGGAGAUGGGAGAUGCCAUUGCCCGGCUCAAGGAGGUCUUGGAGUACAAUGCGAUUGGAGGCAAGUACCAGCAGGGUUUGACUGUGCUGAUAGCAUUUCAGGAGCUGGUAGAACCAAGGAAGCAGGAGGCCGAUAGUCUCCAGCGGGCCCUGACCGUGGGCUGGUGUGUGGAACUGCUUCAAGCUUUCUUCCUGGUGUCUGACGACAUCAUGGACUCAACCAUCAUCCAACGAGGGCAGAUCUGCUGGUAUCAGAAGCCAGGCAUAAGUUUGGAUGCCAUCAAUGAUGCUUUGCUUCUGGAAGCGGGUAUCUACAGCCUGCUGAAGCUCUGCUGUCGGGAGCAGCCCUAUUACCUGAACCUGAUUGAGCUUUUCCUGCAGAGUUCCUAUCAGACCGAGAUCAGACAGACCCUGGACCUCAUCACAGCCCCCCAGGGCAAUGUGGAUCUUGGCAGAUUCACUGAAAAGAGGUACAAACCUAUGGUCAAGUACAAGACCGCUUUCUACUCAUUCUAUCUUCCUGCGGCAGCUGCCAUGUGCAUGGUGGGCAUCGAUGGGGAGAAAGAGCAUGCCAAUGCCAAGAAGAUCCUGCUGGAGAUGGGGGAGUUCUUUCAGAUUCAGGACGAUUACCUCGACCUCUUUGGGGACCCCGGUGUGACAGGCAAGAUUGGCACAGACAUCCAGGACAACAGAUGCAGCUGGCUGGUGGUUCAGUGUCUGCAGCGGGCCUCUCCGAAACAGCGUCAACUCCUUCAGGAGAAUCACUUGCAGAAGGAGGCGGAGAAGGUGGGCCGGGUGAAGGCACUGUACGAGGAGCUGAACCUGCCCGCCGUGUUCACGCAGUAUGAGGAAGACAGCCACCACCACCUUAUGGGCCUCACCGAGCAGUACGCCUCGCCCCUGCCCCCGGCCAUCUUCCUGGCACUGGCACACAAGAUCUACAAGAGGAAAAAGUGA